AUGGCUGGCCCGGGGAUCUUCGGCUUUCUGGACCUGACUCCACCAGAAGAGGAGCCAGCCCCGCAGAACGAGUCUCGGAAAUCCUCUGACAGUGAACUGGGGGAAGUGGAGGUGCCCUCGCAAAAGGCCGCCAGCUUCUUCCCCACCCUAAGCACUGCGGGCCUACUCCACGACUCCGACUCGGAUGAUGGUCUGAUACGGCAGCGGCAGCCAGGUCAGGUGCCGCAGGAUGUACUGGCCGUGGCCUGUGAGCCCCCAGCAGCUGUCUUCCCCGGGCUGCCCACGCACGUUGUUCUUAAAGUUCUCUCCGUCCAGGGCGUUCCCCUCAAGGAGGAGCGGAACGUGCCAGGGCACAAAGGCCUAGGCUACUUUCUGGAGGGCAAGAGCGUGAUCGACCGCAGCGCAGCCUCCGCUGCCAUCCUUCCGGAACAGCAGAGCCGGCCCCCGGGCAGGCACCGCUGCGCCGAGCCCCGUGCCUUCGCAGAGAUCUCGGGCGAACUUUGGGAGGCGCAACGGGGAGCCAAGAGCCAAGUUCGGGUACGGCUCAAGGACGGUCAGGAGUCUGUGGUGGUCGGCAUACUGCUCGGCCAAGAGGUUGUUGCAGUCACUGCAGAAGUGGACCUUACGGGAACCGCUCGACGCUUCUUCCAAGCGCAGCAGCUCUACAGGAUCCAGGGUGCAAGUGCCAAGUUGGCCCUGGAGCUUUACCCACCAGGCUCGCAAUUCCCUGGCCGGCCAGUGGUUGAGGAGCCCGAGCGGCCGCUGGCAAGGCCGCAGCAGACCCAGGUUGCCAUCAGUGAUUGCAGAUUCUGUGACGGCUACGGGCGCAGGAGUUGCGAGGGCUGCGGAGGGCAUGGGGUCCUUGUCUGCAGCACCUGCGAUGGUAUGCCAGCCUUGCCAUGCCCGGCCUGCCGUGGCCGGGGUCUGCUGCACGACAACUUGGAGGAUGGUGUCAUGGGCUGUGUUCGCCACUUUGCUGUUUUGAAGACUUUAGCUGCGCCAGUGGCACAACUGCUGCAGACACCUUUGCAGGCCAUUGGAGGCCCCAGAGCCAGAAGGGCCUUGGACGGUGCUGUCUUGAGCACCGUGAAAGGGCGACGAUGCCAGGAGCUGCCCCAUUUGCAACGUUUGCAAUGGUGCGGGCUGGUCGGUGUGCACACGCUGUCCAAAGUCUUCGUACUAGCCGCCGUGGGACUCAAGGAGGACGUCGAGGAGGCCGUGGCCCUUCGGGAUGGCCAGAACGCUGAGCUCGGAGAGGUGCUGGACCAGGAGUACACCGCUGGAUUCUACACAGACAUCGAGUCCGAAUCCCUGCCGAAGGGCCUGAACGAGGACAUCGUUCGAAAGAUCUGGGAAAUCAAAGAAGAGCCCGAGUGGAUGCUCGAGUUUCGGUUGAAUGCAUUCAGGAAGUGGCAGAAGAUGGAGAUGCCAGAAUGGGCACAUCUGCAGAUGGAGGAAAUCGACUUUCAGGACAUCGUGUACUACUCCAGACCAAAGUCGAGGAAAAAGAAACAGAGCCUUGACGAGGUUGAUCCUGAGUUGCUCGACACGUUCGAGAAGCUAGGCAUCCCUCUGACAGAGCAGAAGCGCCUGACAAACGUCGCGGUGGACGCCGUCUUUGACAGCGAGAGCAUCGGCACCACCUUCCAGAAGGAGCUGGAAGAGGCAGGCGUGAUCUUCUGCUCCAUCAAUGAGGCCAUCAAGGAGCACCCCGAGCUUGUCAAGAAGUACUUGGGCUCCGUUGUCCCGGUGGCUGACAAUUACUUUGCUGCUCUGAACAGUGCCGUCUUCAGCGAUGGCUCCUUCUGCUACAUCCCCAAGGGCACCACUUGCCCGAUGGAGAUCUCGACGUAUUUCCGCAUCAACAACAAGGAGUCUGGACAGUUUGAGCGCACACUGCUCAUCGCAGACGAGAGCAGCUACGUCUCAUAUUUGGAGGGAUGCACUGCCCCUAUGUUCGAUUCGAAGCAGCUCCAUGCGGCUGUGGUAGAGUUGCAUGCUGCUGAGUCCGCGGAGAUCAAGUACUCGACCGUGCAGAACUGGUAUGCGGGCGACAAGAAUGGCAAGGGCGGCAUUCUGAACCUAGUCACAAAGCGAGGCAUGUGCGAGGGCAAGAAGUCCAAGAUUUCCUGGACGCAGGUAGAGACUGGCUCAGCUGUUACCUGGAAGUACCCCUCCUGCGUGCUCAAGGGAGAUGACUCCGUGGGUGAGUUCUUCUCGGUGGCGCUGACCAACAACUACCAGCAGGCUGCCAGGAUAUCCGUGCACCAAGAGCUCAGCAUGAGCCACGAGAACUCUUUCACAUGGUGUGGUCUUGAGCUGUCACGUUCUCGGCUCGGACAGGGCAUGCAUCAAGUCUAUGAGGGUGCUGUGGACGAUGAGGAAGAAGGGGAGGAGGAGGCACACCCAGGAGACUGGGAGGACCCGAGAGCACCAGAAAGAAGCCCAACUCAGGCUGGCGUCUCUGAGUUCCAGCUCUGA